GGCGUCGAGCCGAGGGUGACGCGUGGCGUCGACGACGACGACUGCGCCUGUCAGCCCCCGGACUCGAUGCAGAGGAGGGGCGGGCGCCAUGGCGGUUCUGCUGGAAACCACUUUGGGCGACGUCGUCAUCGACUUGUACACGGAGGAGCGGCCGCGCGCCUGCUUGAAUUUCCUGAAGUUGUGCAAAAUAAAAUAUUACAAUUAUUGCCUUAUUCACAAUGUUCAGAGGGAUUUUAUCAUACAAACUGGUGAUCCUACAGGGACUGGCCGUGGAGGAGAGUCUGUUUUUGGUCAACUGUAUGGUGAUCAAGCAAAUUUUUUUGAAGCUGAAAAAGUGCCAAGAAUUAAGCAUAAGAAGAAAGGCACUGUGUCCAUGGUGAACAAUGGCAGUGAUCAGCAUGGAUCUCAGUUUCUUAUUACUACAGGAGAUAAUCUAGAUUACCUUGAUGGUGUUCAUACAGUGUUUGGUGAAGUGACAGAAGGCAUGGACAUAAUUAAGAAAAUUAAUGAGACCUUUGUUGACAAGGACUUUGUACCAUAUCAGGAUAUCAGGAUAAAUCAUACAGUGAUUUUAGAUGAUCCAUUUGAUGACCCUCCUGAUUUACUAAUUCCUGAUCGAUCACCAGAACCUACAAGGGAACAACUAGAUAGUGGUCGAAUAGGAGCAGAUGAGGAAAUUGAUGAUUUCAAAGGAAGAUCAGCUGAAGAAGUAGAAGAAAUAAAGGCAGAAAAAGAGGCCAAAACUCAAGCUAUUCUGUUAGAAAUGGUGGGAGACCUACCUGAUGCAGAUAUUAAACCUCCAGAAAAUGUGCUGUUUGUGUGUAAAUUGAAUCCAGUGACCACAGACGAGGAUCUGGAGAUAAUAUUUUCAAGAUUUGGGCCAAUAAGAAGUUGUGAAGUUAUCCGCGAUUGGAAGACAGGAGAAUCCCUCUGUUAUGCCUUUAUUGAAUUUGAAAAGGAAGAAGAUUGUGAGAAAGCAUUCUUCAAAAUGGACAAUGUACUAAUAGAUGACAGAAGAAUACAUGUGGAUUUUAGCCAGUCUGUUGCAAAGGUUAAAUGGAAAGGAAAAGGUGGGAAAUACACCAAGAGUGACUUCAAAGAAUAUGAAAAGGAACAGGAUAAACCGUCUAAUUUGGUUCUGAAAGAUAAAGUAAAGCCCAAACAGGAUGCGAAAUAUGAUCUUGUCCUAGAGGAGCAAGCAGAAGACUCAAAAUCAAGUCACUCACAUACAAGUAAAAAACACAAGAAGAAAACCCGUCACUGCUCUGAAGAAAAAGAAGAUGAGGACUACCUGCCAAUCAAAAAUACUAAUCAGGAUAUCUACAGGGAAAUGGGGUUUGGUCACUAUGAAGAGGAAGAGAGCUGUUGGGAGAAACAAAAGAGUGAAAAGAGAGACCGACCUCAAAACCGAAGUCGUAGCCGAUCGCGAGAAAGGGAUGAUCACUACAGUAACAGUCACAAAUCCAAGUACCAGCCAGAUCCCUAUGAAAGAGACAGGAGCAAAAAGAGAGACCGAAGCAGGAGUCCUAAGAAAUCCAAAGAUAAAGAAAAAUCUAAGUACAGAUGAAAGAGAAAGAAUCAGGCAACAGUGGCUGACACAUUUACUUUCAUCUGGCUUAGAGUACCAGGUGUUCAGAUUUUGUGUCAAAGCAGUUAGACUCUGUUUGUUUUUUUUUUCCACACUAGAAUUAUGGACCUUUUAGAUUAAUAUGGAUUGUAUAGGGCACAGAAAGACAAUAAACAUUUUCUUUGUAUACUUUUUUACACUAAUUUUAUUGUUAUAUAUAAAUAGUUGUCUUCAUUUUUAAAGUCUGUCACGUUUUCCACUCUUUUUUUUAAUGAAAUAUAUUUCAUACAGAAAUACACAAAUGUGUAUAUAUAAGGUAUAAAGACUAGCAAAUAUCCGUGUACCCAUCAGCCAGCAUGAGUAGAAUUUACCUGCAUGUUAGAAGUACUGUAUGUGCCCCUUCCUUCUCAAGUAGUUAUUCUGAAUUUUGUGUUUGUUAUUCUCUUGUUACUAAAUGUUACAUCAUAUGUAUGUAUUCCUAAAAGAAAGGUUAAGUUUUGUAUGUUUUUGAAUUUUAUGUAAAUGGUAUAAUGUAUGUUUACCUUUGAUUUUUUUUUAAAUUUAGUAGUUUUUGAGAGUCAUUUUUAUUGCUAUAUAGUAUUGUGUGGAUAGACAACAGUUUAUCCAUUCUUCUGUCGAUGGACAUCUGGGGUUUGUCUGUUUUUGUUUUUGCUGUUGAAACAAUGCUGCUGUGAACAUUCUGUAUCCAGGAGUGAUACUGCUUGGUCGUGUGAUGUGGAUAUCUGGAUCUUUAUAAGAAAAUGCCAAAUUAUAUUCUACAGUGGCUGUAUUAGACCAACAUCAUGUGAGUUACCUUUGUUUCACAUCUUUUCCAACACUUCUUAAUUUCAACUUUUAAUUUCUCCAGUCUUGUGGAUGUUUAGUGAUAUCUUCCUGUGGUUUCAAGUAGGAAGACUACUAUUAUUCUUCAUUUGUUCCUCAUUAUGUAAUGUGUUCUUCUCUGGUGGCUUUGAAGGCUUUCUCUGUAUCACUGCUGUUGAGCAAUUUGUGAUGUAUACUUGGCAUAGUUUUUUCUUUUUUUUUUUAUGUUUCUUCUGUCAGGGAUAUUUACCUGCAGGUUUAUGGGUUUUUUCCAUCACAUUUGGAAAAUUUGGGGGUAUUAACUUAUUCAAAUAUUUUUUGCCAUCCUUCCGCACCUCUCACUCCUCUUCUUCUGGGAUUCCAGUUACUUGUAUGUUAGGCCACUUGAGGUUGUCAUAGCACACUGAUGCUCCAUUUGAACUUUCUUGUUUUCUCUUUGUGUUCCAUAUUGGGUAGUUCCCAUUACUGUGUCCUCAGGUUCAUUAAUCUGGCUUCUAAAGUAUCUAAUUUUCUGUUAAUCCCAUCCAGUGUAUUUUUCACUUCAGACAUUAUUUUUACUCUUUAGAAGUUCCAUUUGGGUUUUUUAAUAUCCUCCAUGUCUCUCCUUAAAUGUUCAUGCUUUCCUCUGUUUUUGAACAUGUGGAGUAUAUAAUAGCUGUUUCAAUGUACGUGACCUUUCUAUCAUCUGUGUCAUUUCUGGUCUGUUCCUGUUGAUUGAUAUUUUCUCCCCCUUCAUUAUUGGGUCAUAAUUUCUUCUUUGUAUGCUUGGUAAUUUUUGGAUUUUACAUUGUUAGGUGCUGGAUUUUUUGUAUUCCUUUAAAUAUGUUGAGCUUUUUUCUGGAACAUAAUUAAAUUACUUGGAAACAGUUUGAUUCUUUCAUAGCCUACUUUUAAGCUUAAUGAGACAGUCUUUAAUCUAGGUCUAAUUUGGCCUACUACUGAGGUGAUACCCUUCUGAAUACUCUUCUCUCUGCCUAUCAUGAGAUCUCUCCACCUUGUCUGUUUUAUUCUGAGCCCCAUGUGACUCCUGAUUGUGCCACCUGUUCUUUUCUGGUGGCACUUUCCCACCUCUGGGUAGUUUCCUCCCGUGCCUGUGUUGAUUGGUAUUCAGCUGAAGACUCGGGAACGUGGGUCUGGAACACACCCUCUGUGGCCUGGUCCUCUCUCUGGUACUCUGCCCUUCCGAUUUUACCAUGGCCUUCCCACAUUCUCUACCCAGGGGCACCGCCGUGCCCUUCAUGGGUGUAUGUUCCUCUCUUAGUGCAGCAGCCUGGAAACUCCAUGCAGUGAGCUUGGGCACUUGGAGCGCUUCCCUUGUUUGGUUUCAUUCUCUAAAGAGUCAGUGUCCUGCACCAGAUAUUGUCUGAUACCUGAAAAACUUUGUCGUAUAUAUUCUUUAUGGGUUUUUCAUUGUUUAAAAUGGGGAAGGUAAAUCUUGCCCCUGUUACUCCAUUUUGGCCAGAAUGUAAAUACUGUUGCUUGGUUUGCAUUUCCUGAAUGCUAAUAAGGUUAGCAUCUUUUCAUAUAAUCAUUCCCGAUUGUUUUUUGUGGAAAGCUUUUUUCAUGUCUUUUGCCCCUUUUGUGUUUUAAGUUUUUUUUCUCACAGAUUUCUUUUUUUUUUUUUUUCUUGCAGAUUUUUCUUUUUCUUACAGUUUUUUUUAGGAGUUUUUUAAAUUGGUUGUGGAUACUAAUGCAUUUGUUGCAAACAUCUCUCAGUUUGUGGCUUAUUUUUUCACCCUUCUAUUGAAGCCCCUGGAAGAGCAUAAGUUGAAAUUUCCCCACAACUUUUUUUUUAUUAAGGCAUCAUUGAUAUACACUUUUACAAAGGUUUCACAAUAAAAACAUUGUGGUUACUACAUUCACCCUUAUUAUUGAGUCCCCUCCAUACUCCAUUGCAGUCACUGUCCAUCAGUGUAGUAAAAUGCCACAGAGUCCCUACUUGUCUUCUCUGUGUCACACUGUCUUCCCUGUGACCCCACACACACCAUGUGCACUAAUCAUGAUAUACCCUUCAAUCCCCUUCUCCCUCCCUCCCUACUUGUCCUCCCCCAGCCCUUUCCCUUUCGUAACCAUUAGUCCCUUCUUGCAGUCUCUGAGUCUGCUGCUAUUUUGUUCCUUCAGUUUUGCUUCACUGUUACACUCCACAAAUGAGGGAAAUCAUUUGGUAUUUGUCUUUCUCUGCCCCGCUUAUUUCACUGAGCAUAGUGUCCUCCAGCUCCAUUCAUGUUGUUGCAAAUGGUAGUUGUUUCUUUCUUAUGGCUGAAUAAUAUCCCAUUGUGUAUAUGUACCACAUCUUCUUUAUCCAUUCAUCUACUGAUGGACACUUAGGUUGCUUCCACAUCUUGGCUAUUGUAAAUAGUGCUGCCAUAAACAUAGGGGUCCAUAUGUCUUUUUGAAUCUGAGAAGUUGUAUUCUUUGGGUAAAUUCCUAGGAGUGGAAUUCCCAGGUCAAAUGGUAUUUUUGUAUUUAUUUUUUUUGAGGGACAUCCAUAUUGCUUUCCACAAUGGUUGAACUAGUUUACAUUCCCACCAGCAGUGUAGGAAGUUCCCCUUUCUCUGCAUCCUCGCCAGCAUUUGUUGUUCCUAGUCUUUUCAGUGUUGGCCAUCCUAACUGGUGUGAGGUGAGAUCUCAUUCCCCCAACUUUUAAUAUGAAAGAUUACAUACAUAUAUAGAAACACACAUAAGAACAUGAUGAGCAUAAUUCAUAUACUUUUCAGCUUUAACAUUUUUUGUUGAAUAAUUUUGAAAGCAGAUUGAAACAUGAAAUUCUACCUUUCAGUAUUUCAUCAUGCAUUUAAUUUAAAAAACUGUCAAUACUAUUAUCACACUUAAGUAAUAAUAAUCCCAUAACAUAUAAUAUAUAGUCUAUAUUCAGAUUUCUCUGUCUCAGGAGUGACAUUUUUAGGUGUUGGUUUGUUUUUAAACCCAAACUCAAUUCACGCGUUGCCUGUUUUGUCAUUUUAUUCAGUUCCUGUGCAGGAGUUUCCUACCCAUCCAUCCAUCCCCACCUUUUUUAAAAAUGACACUGACUUUUUGUAGAGUUGAGGCCACGUUGUUGUGUAUAAUAGUCCACAUUCUGAAAUUAUUUGAUGGUAUCUUCCUGGUAUCCUCUAGCCUCUCUAUUUUCUGUAAACUGGAAUUUGGGUCUAAAUGUUUGAUUAGCAUCAGGUUUAUAUUUUAGGCAGAAAGUUUUAAGUUUAAUGUUAAAUUUAUUAGCCAUUCUGUGUGUGUGUUGUGCUUUUUGUAUUUUGUUUAAGAAGUGAGUAAUAAAGAUACUGUCCUAUAUUCUAAAAGUUAUAAAUAAAGCUUUGUUUUUUACAGCUUAA